GGCAGACAGGCCGACCAGUCGACGCCCAAGAAGGACGUCAAGGAGGACAGUUUGGAUCAGUUGUUGCAGCAGGUGGCCGCGAAGACGGAGUCGGCCGCACUCAAGUCCAUGGUCUCGGCCGAGCUGGCCAAGCUCCAGGCGACGGGCACCUCUGAGGUCAUUGUCUCUGGCAUGGAGGCCGAGGCGGUCAGGCGUGCCACUGGAGCGUGGCGCGAUGCAGAUCAUAAACAUUCGCAAGCUGUCGCUGCCGUGGUCAGACUCCAGGACAACUUAGCGACGGCGGUCGAGAAGGAGGUCCAGGCUGCCAAGAUCCUGGCGCAGGCGGAGAAGGCGAAGAGGGCUGCCACCGAGGCGCUAGCGCGCGCGGAGGGCAUCUCGUCCGCCUCGUCCGCCACGGACUCAGCAGCAGGGGGCGUCACGCAGCCGAAGCUCAAGGACAGACUUCAGGAGCUUCAGAGCACCUUGCGCGCCAAGGAGGCCGACAUCCAGGUUAUGCUGGGCAAGGCCGCCGCGGUGCGCAAGGAGGUGGACGACCGCUUGGCCAAGAAGAGGAAGAAGUCGGUCAAGGAGCAGACGGCGCCUGAAGGCGGCAGCGGCGGAGUUGGCGCUGGCGUUGUCAGCGGCACCACUCCCGACGCCGCCCCGACGGCGAUGGAGGCCGAGCCCACCAGUGCUGCUGAGGCCGCGGUCCUCGUCGAGGCCGAGCAUAAGGAGAAGCAGCGCCUCGACCAGGUCGCGGCCAGGCUGUCGGCGGCGAACUUCGCGGCCCAGCGCGCCGAACUCAAC